AAUAAAAUUUAAAAUAAAAAUUUAUAUUAUCUGUUCAAUGAUUUGAUUGUUGAUUAAUGAAGAUUAAAUAGGUUUCUAUUUUAUAAUAAAACGCCCCAAUGGAAAAACUGAAAACAAAAUGGUUCGUGACAGAAGAGAUGAUGAACCGAGGUCGAGCAGGGGCAGGAGUCCCAGACCUCAUGUCCGCAAAUCGGACAGGAACGAACAUGACACGGACAGACGGCGAAGGCCCGAACGAAGUGACAGGCCUCGUUACGAUGCGGUAAGAGAGAAUCCGAAACCGUCAAGGUGUCUGGGUGUCUUUGGCCUUUCCCAGUACACAACUGAAGAGGAAAUUUACCAGAUGAUGAACAGAUAUGGAUCAGUCGAGAGUGUCCAAAUGGUUAUUGACAGUAAGUCUGGCAGAUCUAGGGGGUUUUGUUUUGUGUAUUUUACUGAGCUAAGAGAUGCCGAAGUGGCUAAAGAAAAAUGUUCUGGUGUGGAGAUUGAGGGAAAGAAAAUUAGGGUCGAUUUUUCAUUAACAGAAAGGCCACACACUCCUACACCAGGAGUCUAUAUGGGCAAUAGAUCCAGAAGUUAUGAGAGAAACUAUAGAUCUAGACAGUCACAUCAUAGGAGAAGGGGCCAUGAACGUUCUAGAUCUAGAAGUUAUUCACCUCGACGUUAAGGACUGAUCUUGUUGCAACUCAGUACUAUUUAGAUUAAGUACAAUUCAAAUAGUUUUUGAUAAACUACUUUAGUUUGGUUUGAAAAGUACAAAUUAAUCGUUACGUUACUAAUUAUAUUUUUAAUUUUGUAUUAUUAAUUAAUUAUAAUUACAAAAUGUUGUUUUAGUUUGUUUUUUAUAUUUAAAAUAAUCUUGAAAAGUA